AUGCCUGAACUAGAUGCCCUUAUAUCAGAAUACCGACAUGAGAAAAAGCGACCACGCGAAUCAGAGGCCCUUUUCAUAUUGCGCAAAGUGGCUUCCAUAGUCAAGCCGAUUAUGCGCCAGCGCGCCUGGAGAGUAGGAGCCUUGUGCGAGUUUUACCCGAAACAAGGGAAUCUACUUGGUAUUAAUGUGAACGGUGGACAGAAGAUAUGCCUGAGACUGCGGUAUGCUUCCGAUCAACGACAAUUUCUUCCUUUUGAGCAGGUAGUGGACACGAUGCUGCAUGAACUAUGCCAUAUUGUCCACGGACCACAUAAUCGUGAUUUUCAUGCGUUGUGGAACCAGCUUCGUGAUGAACAUGAGGAACUUGUUAUCAAGGGAUACACUGGAGAAGGCUUUCUUUCCCAGGGUAAACGUCUUGGUGGAGCUAGAAUACCCAUCGACGAAGCACGUCGCCAAGCGCGUGCUGCUGCUGAGAAGCGGCGAAUUCGCACCAAAAAUGCGGGGACAAGACUUGGUGGUGCGCCUGUGCUUCGAGGAACAGACAUGCGGAAGGUUCGAGCGGAUGCCGCCCAACGGCGCAUCGAGGUGACGAAUGGGUGUGCUUCUGGAACAGACCGAGAAGUCGAGCUCCUAGAGGAAGAAUCUCGAAAUGGGUUCCGAACAAAGGCAGAAGAAGAUGAUGCGAAUGAGGAGGCGAUUCUCCAAGCUUUUAUUGAAUUGAUCCAGGAGGAGGAACGGGAGAAAUACGGAUCCUCUUACGUGCCUCCCAGCCAGGAGAACCCGGCAGGGCCACGAGCGCAGGAAUCAGAGUCCCACUCAGAUAUCGAGGAAAUUGCUUCUCUUCCAAAGAAUGUUACGGAUAAAGAUAAAGAAGCUCCCGCGACUUCAUCUGUUUCCACACCCAAUGCUAACAAUAGUUCCUAUGAUUCUGCAUGGACAUGUACAACAUGCACGUUGGAAAACCCGCCUAACUUUCUAUGCUGCGAUGUUUGUGCCUCGGAAAGGCCCACUCCAUCCAUUAUCAAGUCUUCCGAGACCUCUGCAAGAACAGCGUCAACUCAAAAUAAUAGCGCCGGACCUGGAAGGCAAAAGAAGCGCACAUUGUCUAAGACGAAUGUUCAGGACAGAGAAGACCUUCCUGCGCGAGAUACCUUUGCAUUUCAGAAUAGAAAUCGAGCAUUGGAUACACUGGCAGACUUGGACCGAGAUGUCAAUAAACGGCCAUUGGGAUGGGUUUGUUCAUGUGGUGCCUUUAUGGAAACCCAAUGGUGGACAUGCUCUGCAUGUGGAUCGAUGAAAGCAUCCUCUUGA